AAUAUUCGUCGACUCGACGACACGAAUCGGCCAGCAGCGAACAGAGAAGUGGAACUUCUUGAACCCCGUUUUUUCACUUCUCCGUGCAAAGUGUACCGUGUUUUUCGGUGAAAUCGGACAGACGGAAAUCGUCGGGUGUGUGUUUUUCACGGUGUUCCGAUCGGAAUCGGUCGCGGAGAGUUGCUUCCAGCCGCAGAACAUGUCGCUGGAAGUGUGCUAGAAAGCGCAGUAGGGCCUUAACAUCAUUUUUUUUGUGUGUGCUGGCUGCCAGAGGAGGAAGAAAAAUACACCGCGAGUGUGUGGAAGAAAGGAAGGAAGCGAAAAAUAGGAGGAAAAAAGAGUUUCUUUGGGGCUGCUGAUUUGUGUUGUAUAUUUGUAAUUGUGUGUGUGUGUGUGGUGUGUGCACAUACGUUUUUGAUUAAUCAAAACCAAUAAUAUUUGUGAAAUUCCUGGUCGGAAACGGAGAGGCAUAAAAAGUGACCAUUUCCAGUGCUUCGUGUGUUCCGAGUGCGUGCUGACAGGGCUAGAGAUUAGAUAAGAGAGCAGAUUGGGGUGGCCUGAGUCACCCAGUUUUCCGAUUGAGGUGGGAUCGCAAAAAUCCCCCCCUACAGGAAGGUCACAAUUUCGGGCCCGGAGCUGGAGUUGAACGAAGAUAAAAUUUUGCAUCAUCAUCAGCAGCAACAACAGGAGCUCCAGCAGCCAACAGUGGAGAACUGUGGAGUUAUCGGAGGGGCAGCAGCGGGUGGAGGUGGAAGUGCCAGUAGUGGCAAUAGGAGGGAAGGCCGCAAGACGAAACCAGGUGCUUCCUGAAAAAUGCCUCCACCGCCACCGCCGCCGGGGCCACCCCCGCCACCGGGUCCACCGCCGCCGCCGGCGAUGAAACUUGGUGGCGGACAAGGCUCGGGCGAUGGACGGAAUGCGCUGCUGUUGUCGAUCCAGAAAGGUGCCAAACUGAAGAAAACGAUAACCGUGGACAAAAGUGGCCCCGUGAUUCAGGGAAAGGUCAGCGGAGGAGAAUCAGCAGCUGUCGGAAAUAGUACUAAUAAUAAUAGGGGACCAGCGUCCGCCGUGGUGUCGGGUGCAAGUGAUAGCAACGGAGGUCAAAAGUUAGGCGGAAUCUUUGGUGGUCUUUCAUCAAUGCCGAAGCUGAAACCGGUCGGCAGUAGAGGAACAAUACCAGCACAAUCAACAACUAAUAAUAAGUCUCCCUCACCGGAGAAUACGAUCAAAAGCAACAACCGGAUAGGAGGAGGGGGUGGUGGGGGUGCUGUGAUCGACUUUCAGGGCGAGCUGGCGGCCAAAUUGACGCUCAAGAAGCAAAAGAACAGUAGCAAUAGUACCAACAAUGCCAUCGUAAACAAUAACAACAACAACAGUAUCAACCAGGUGCCGGUGACGGAGAGCAAUCUGCGGACGAAUCGAGGACCCCCACCGCAACCCCCCCUGCAGUUGAAGAACGCCAAUGAUUCAUCGAGCAACACCCUGGGGAAGUCGAGCUAUUCCAGUCAAAAAAGCCAGGCACCCUCGACGCCAAGUCCGUCACCCUCGAAUGGGCCCACCUCAUCAGUAGUCACUAGUCCCGUCGGAAGCCUCAGCGUGCUACCGAACAAAUCGACCCUGUUUGGUGGUGGCGGCGGCAGCAAUAGCAGUUCUUCUGGUAGUCCGCAACCGCCAGCAGUGCCUCAGACGCAACCGAGCCCCAAGCCGGUGCCGAACUAUGGUAAACCAAAUCUGGCCCCGAAGCCUCCGGGGAUGCAGCUCAACACGAGCGGCGGUAGUAACAAUGGCGGCGGCGGUGGUGGUCCCAAUCGGGUCUCCCGACACCACAGUAUGAGAAGUCCAAGGUCACCGCCAGUGGCACCGAGUGGUCCAAACUUUGGAGCGAAUCAUUUCGGAACGUUGCGAGGUCCCCCAUCGAGCUUUCAAUCGUCGGAGUCGUUAUCUAGGCAAAACAAUCCUAUCGGACGACCCGCAGCGCCACCUCCGAAACCACCGGCAAUGAAACCCCCACCCCCGCCUCCUAUUCGCAGUGUUUCCAACACCAACCUGUCGCAUUUACCCAUGAGUUUGGCACCAGAGGCGCCGGAACCGAACUUCGGUUCGGCCAACAACGUGGCCAGUGCCGUCGCGGACGAGCUCAAGUCGAAGCUAGUCAACAGCGGUUCGGCGAAUAAUGUCGCAACGCUCACCAACACCACAUCUUCCAAUUCCAUCGUAUCGAACAGCCAGCUUAGCAUUGGCAGUACGAAAACCCUCAGCAGUGGCAGUAUUAAGGCGACGGCGGCCCCUCCCCUUCCACCCCAUCGGACUUGUCCGGCUCCACCACCACCGCAACUUAACACCAGCACCAGCAGCAGUAUCAGCACCGGUGAAGCACCACCGCAGCCUCCACAGCGAAUUUCUUCCAUUCGACUGCAGCAACAGCAGUUACAGCAACAACAGCAGCUACAGCAGCAGCAACAGUUGCUCUCCGCCAGCGCCAACAGCCCCAGCAGUACCCUCAACAGUAGUCAUCACAGCUCAAAUUUGCUACGAAAGGAAACCAUAGCUGGGACCUCGGAGCGACGGAAGAUGCCUCCCCCACUGAAGGAGAUUGACCUCGAGUCCAACUACUCGUUCUACUUCCACAAGGUGACCGAAUUUCCCGCACCAAUACCCUUUCUCAGUGUGGCCAAAACCUUUCCGAGUAAGAUGCGACCGCAACAACAACAACAACAACAGCCACAUCAGUAAUCAGCGCGAUACGACGGGAAUGUGAUUCCUGCGGGAGUGGAUCCCGUGUGCAAGAAAGGGGUCAGUGCAAAGUACAAUCCCUACAACUUGUGCGAACAAACACACACCAAUCCAGCGUCGAAAUAUGUGCACACACACGCAAACAAGGUAUUAGUCAGUUGUUGUUGGACCUUAUUGUAUUGAGAUGUGAGAAGUAAAACAGAAUAUUAACAGAAAGCUACAAAGUCAUAUCAAAGUUUAUGGUAAAAAAAAAUAAAACGAACCACAUAAUAGACACAGAAACUCCCGUUCACAGGCACACGCAUACACAUUCGAAAUGGCAGUAUAUAAGCACUAUAAAAUGGAACAGCAAAAAUGUAUAUACUUCAGUAGGACUCGUUCGUUCUCAAGUGAAACUUACUACUUAUGAUGGCUCCGAACUCUUUCUUGGUAGGAAAGCAAAAUGCAAAAAAAAACACAACCAGAGAAACACAAAAUACACAUUCGUAUUAAAAUAGAGUUACUGUAUCCUCGUUACAUAACAUAAUAAGAACGACUCAAGCGAUAGUAAGAAUAAUAAUUAUAUUAAUAAUGCAAUUAACAAAAAAAAAAAAAGAUGCAUGCGAUAGAAAGCGAGACCGAG